UUCCUGCGCCGGUGGCGGCCGAUGACGGUCUUGGUCUUGGUGGUCUUGGGAGCCUCGUACUCCCGUUUCUUCUUCCUCUCGCACGCGGUCGCUGCAUAUUCUCCCACACCCCAAUUUCUGCUUCUACUUCGUGUCCUCCGAUCGCACCCAACUUCAGCAAGUUAAAGCCGUGGGUUGUCUCUACCCUACGGCCUCGUCACCGGAGGGAGGCGGUGAGAUCUCCCGGCGGCAUGUCGUUGGAUUCGGACUCCUCUUCGCAGGGAGGCGACCGCCGGAGCUUCCGGCAGAUCACACGAGACCGAGAGACUCAAACUCGGGAGAGAUAUAAAAAAGGGGAUACUCUUCGUGACAUUCAGGCGGAAAGUGACCUCCCUUCGUCAUGUUGGGGAGACUUUAAUGAAGUUCUCAGGCAAGAUGAGCAUGUUGAAGCAGGGCAAAGAACUCAGGCUCAAAUAAGGGGUUUUAGGGAGGCUGUAGAUGAGUGUAGCUCCUGUGAUCUUGGGUAUGUUGGCAGAAGCUGGACUUUUGAGAAAAAAGUUGCAGGAGGUGGCUAUACGCGAGUCAGGCUGGACAGGUCCCUAGCUACUGUUGACUGCAGGAACAUCUCUCGGCUGCUUCAGACCAUGGUCCUAUUCUGCUGUCUUUGGACCAUCCCCAACACAAUCAGGGACGAGCUGCUCGGUAGUUCAGAUUUGAGUUUAUGUGGGAAUCAAAUGAGAAUUUUAAACAGCCGUAGAUAGAGCGCGGAAGGACCACGCUACAUGUUCUUCGGUUCGUGAGGGAAAAGCUUAAUGGCAUGGCUAUGGCACUUCAUUCGUGGGGCAGCACCACCUUUGGGAGUGUUAAGACAGAGAUUUGGAAUCUGAAAAAAACGCUUGGAAGAACUCAGAAAUAUUCCAAAUCGUGUUGGCCCGUCAAGGGAGGAGACGAAGGCCCUGAACAGGUUGAUGUAAUUUUAUCAUCGCGAGGAGACUAUGUGGCGACAAGGGUCUAGAAUUCAAUGGUCAGCUGAAGGUGUUGGGCACACUUUUUUCAGAAGCAUUGGGAUAUGUGUGGGGGCGGAGGGGACGUCUGUGAUUCUCCAAGUUGUUCAUGGCCAGGAGAGUCGGAGAAAUUAAUAAAACGGUUUUAGUCCUGACCUCGAAGGAUUAUUAUUUGAAAUGCUCAGGUCGACUAGGAAGGAUUCAAAAUCAGCAUGGAAGGUUCUUAUCAUGGAUAAGUUUACGGUCAAGAUAAUGUCCUACUCAUGUAAGAUGGCAGACAUCACAGAAGAAGGGGUUUCAUUGGUUGAAGAUCUAUACAAACGGAGACAGCCAUUGCCUUCACUGGAUGCUAUAUAUUUCAUCCAACCAACUAAAGAAAACGUUGUUAUGUUCCUCUCUGACAUGUCAGGAAGAAGCCCGUUAUACAAGAAGGCGUAUGUGUUUUUCAGUUCUCCCAUACAGAAAGACUUAGUUGCUCAAAUAAAAAGGGAUUCAAGUAUAUUACCUCGUAUUGGUGCACUUAGUGAGAUGAAUUUGGAGUACUUCCCUAUUGAUUCCCAGGGUUUCAUAACUGACCAUGAAAGGGCAUUGGAAGAGCUUUUCUGUGAGAGUGCAGAAGGCUUCAACAAAUACAAUGCUUGUUUGAAUGCAAUGGCUACUCGUAUAUCUACAGUAUUUGCAUCAAUGAGGGAAUUUCCCCGUGUGCACUACCGCAUUGCCAAGACCAUUGAUGCUUCUACAAUGACAACACUAAGGGACAUGGUGCCCACAAAGAUUGCUGCUGGUGUAUGGAAUUACCUCUCCAAAUAUAAAACGUCAAUUCCUGAAUUCCCGCAGACAGAAACUUGUGAACUUCUCAUAGUAGACCGUUCAGUAGAUCAGAUCGCACCAAUAAUUCAUGAAUGGACUUAUGAUGCCAUGUGCCAUGAUCUGCUAUGCAUGGAUGGUAACAAGUACGUACAUGAGGUUUCAAGUAAAAAUGGUUCAGCCUCAGAAAAAAAGGAGGUCCUGUUAGAGGACCAUGAUCCAGUUUGGCUUGAACUUCGACAUUCCCAUAUAGCAGAUGCAAGUGAAAGACUUCAUGAUAAGAUGACACAUUUUGUCUCGAAGAACAAAGCUGCCCAACUACAGCAAGCAAGAGCUGGAGGAGAGCUAUCAACUAGAGACCUACAAAAAAUGGUUCAAGCUCUUCCACAGUACACUGAUCAAAUUGACAAGCUUUCGCUGCAUGUCGAGCACGUGGCACUCAACAUUGCCCAUGAUCCUGUGAAGAUGAGCUUACCAAGAACAUCGAUUGCAGGAAAACUCAAUGUCAUAAUAAGGGAGCAAUGUCUUAGAGAUGUUGGACAACUAGAGCAAGAUCUUGUAUUUGGUGAUGCUGGGACAAAAGAAUUAAUCAAUUUUUUCCGAACACAAUUGGGUGUAAGUCGUGAAAAUAAGUUGCGUCUGCUCAUGAUUUACGCAGCAAUCAAUCCAGAGAAGUUUGAAAGCGAUAAGGGUACAAAAAUGAUGCAGUUGGCAGGAUUAUCUGCUGAUGACAUGAUCGCUGUGACUAAUAUGCGCUGCUUAUGCACUGACACAAAAAAGUCCUCAGGAGGAGGUUUUACACUGAAAUUUGAUGUUCAGAAGAAAAAACAUGCACAUAGAAAAGAGCGAACGACGGAACAAUCAGCAUGGGCACUGUCCCGAUUUUAUCCGGUUCUGGAGGAAUUGAUUGAGCAGCUCAGCAAGGGUGAAUUACCAAAAGAUGAAUAUAACUGCAUGAACGACCCUAGUCCCAGUUUCCAUGUAGUACCUACCACUACCAGUACCUCAGCCCGCACAAGCCCAGCUCACUCGAUGAGAUCUAGGAGGACUGGUGGAUCAUGGGCUAGGCCUCGUGGUUCUGAUGAUGGUUAUUCAAGUGAUUCUGUAUUGAAGCAUGCAUCGAGUGAUUUCCAAAAGCAUGGCCAGCGUAUAUUUGUUUUUGUCAUUGGUGGUGCUACUCGAUCAGAGUUACGUGCUGCACACAAGCUUUCAUCGAAGCUGAAGCGUGAGGUCAUCCUUGGUUCGUCCAGCCUUGAUGAUCCACUCCAGUUCAUCACAAAACUGAAGAUGAUGUCCGCCGAAGAGCUAACACUGGACGAUCUUCACAUAUAAAAAGCAUUAUGCACAUGUACUUCAGGGCUCCAUCGGGAAUUCUCCUUUAUUUUGGUAUUUUCUUUGUGAUCGUUUGGUUUGUUACACACUAGUUGCAUCAAAACCACAGGCUAUCAAUACGUUAAGCUGCAUAAUAUUCAUUCUGUAAGGAGCGACUUCCCAAAACCCGCUUCUCAUAAUUGAAUGAAUGUACAUAACAGUCGCCAGAAACUGUAACUAUGUGAGUUUUAUUUAUUUGGCUGACGGUUCAUUUUUCUCUCUA